UACCCAUUGGACAACGACAAAAUUAUAUUACGAGGUUGCGUGCUGCGAAAUACGCAAUGGUGCUAUGGUGUGGUCAUCUUUGCAGGCAAGGAUACCAAAUUAAUGCAAAACUCAGGGAAGACCAAAUUUAAGAGGACUUCUAUAGAUAGGCUGCUGAAUCUUCUCAUCAUCGGGAUAGUGUUCUUUUUACUUUCUAUGUGUUUGUUCUGUAUGAUCGGCUGUGGUAUUUGGGAGAGUCUUGUGGGCCGUUAUUUUCAAGCGUAUCUACCAUGGGACUCGUUGGUGCCUAGCGAGCCGAUGGGAGGUGCAACAGUGAUCGCUCUGCUUGUGUUCUUUUCUUAUGCGAUCGUAUUGAACACAGUGGUGCCAAUCAGUUUAUACGUGAGUGUCGAAGUUAUCAGAUUCGUUCAAUCGUUUUUGAUCAAUUGGGAUGAAGAGAUGUACUAUGCACCUACGAACACACACGCUAAAGCAAGGACUACUACAUUAAACGAAGAGUUGGGACAAAUAGAAUAUAUAUUUUCCGAUAAAACCGGAACGUUAACGCAGAACAUCAUGACUUUUAACAAGUGUUCUGUGGCAGGAAAAUGUUAUGGGGACGUUAUCGACGAAGUUACCGGGGAAGUCGUCGAUUUAAGUGAGACGAACAAAGCUGCCCCAACACCUACGAUGCGAUGGAAAAAUGGACAAGAAUUUGUUCAAGUAUAUACACCUAAAAGUGGUCCAAACGUACGUCUACUGGAACAAGUGGACAGGAUAUCCAAUAUAAUUGGAGAGCCAGGCCCCAUUGGCAGUCCGAUGGUUCCACAUAAACUUUCUACAAUGCCAGCAUUGGAUUUCUCCUUCAACAAGGAUUACGAACCAGAAUUCAAAUUCUACGAUUCUGCAUUACUCGAAGCUGUGAAAAAGAAUAACGAAGAUGUUCAUAGCUUCUUUCGAUUGUUGGCACUUUGUCAUACUGUUAUGCCGGAAGAAAAAAGUGGCAGGCUAGAGUAUCAGGCACAGUCGCCGGAUGAGGCUGCCCUUGUAUCUGCCGCUAGAAACUUUGGUUUUGUAUUCAAAGAAAGAUCUCCAAAUAGUAUUACAAUUGAAGUUAUGGGGAAGCGUGAAAUAUACGAGCUGCUUUGCAUUUUGGACUUUAAUAAUGUUAGGAAAAGAAUGUCUGUAAUUUUGAGGAAAGACGGACAUCUUAGACUAUAUUGCAAAGGAGCGGACAAUGUUAUUUACGAGCGAUUAAAAAAAGGCAGUGAGGAUAUAAUGGCAAAAACAUUGGAUCAUCUUAAUAAAUUUGCGGGUGAGGGCUUAAGAACAUUGUGCCUUUCGGUCAGAGAUCUAGAUGAACAAUUUUUCAAUGAUUGGAAACAACGUCAUCAAGAAGCUGCCAUGAGUCAGGAAAACAGGGAUGAUAAAUUGGAUGCAAUAUAUGAAGAAAUAGAAAAGGAUAUGACAUUAUUAGGUGCUACUGCCAUUGAAGAUAAGUUACAAGAUGGUGUACCUCAAACUAUUGCUAAUUUAAGUUUGGCUGGUAUAAAGAUCUGGGUAUUAACUGGUGACAAACAAGAAACAGCUAUCAAUAUUGGCUAUUCCUGCCAGUUGCUGACAGACGACCUUACAGAUGUUUUUAUAGUAGAUUCCACUACCUAUGAUGGUGUUGAAAAUCAGUUAUCGCGAUACUUGGAAACUAUUAAAACAACUUCCGGUCAUCAAAAUCGGCCAACUCUCUCCGUUGUCACAUUCAGGUAAAGCUGUGAUAUGCUGUCGUGUGACUCCUUUACAAAAAGCAAUGGUAGUCGAAUUAAUCAAGAAAAAUAAGAAUGCUGUGACUCUGGCAAUUGGUGAUGGAGCUAAUGAUGUCUCGAUGAUAAAAACAGCUCAUAUAGGUGUUGGCAUCAGUGGACAAGAAGGAUUACAAGCUGUACUAGCAUCCGAUUAUUCGAUAGGACAAUUCAGAUUUUUAGAAAGAUUACUCCUUGUUCAUGGAAGAUGGUCAUAUUAUAGAAUGAGCAAAUUUCUUAGAUAUUUUUUUUAUAAGAACUUUGCGUUUACAUUAUGUCACAUCUGGUUUGCCUUUUUCUGUGGAUUUAGCGCACAGACUGUAUUUGAUCCUAUGUAUAUUUCUGUCUACAAUCUCUUUUAUACAUCAUUACCUGUAAUGGCAGUUGGUAUCUUUGAUCAAGAUGUUAAUGAUAAAAAUAGUUUAAUGUAUCCAAAACUAUAUGCACCCGGACUACAAAAUUUACUUUUUAAUAAAAAGGAAUUUUGUUGGAGUGCCAUACAUGGGUUUUUUGCCAGCUGUGUAUUAUUUUUAGUUCCGUAUGGGACGUAUAAGGAUGGAGUAUCACCAAAGGGCUAUGUACUUUCUGAUCAUAUGUUACUGGGAAGUGUUGUAGCUACUAUAUUAGUCAUAGUUGUGACUGUUCAAAUAGCCCUUGAUACAUCAUAUUGGACAAUUGUUAAUCACAUUAUGGUUUGGGGCUCGCUCAUUUGGUAUUUUAUUUUAGAUUAUUUCUAUAACUUUGUCAUAGGUGGUAGUUAUGUUGGCAGUCUUACAAUGGCAAUGUCUGAAGCAACGUUUUGGUUCACGGCGGUCAUUUCGUGUAUCAUAUUAGUAAUACCUGUACUAUCAUGGAGAUUCUUCUUCAUAGAUGUAAGACCAACACUGUCUGACAGAGUUAGACUUAAACAGAGAUUGGCACAACUUCGCUCUCGCCAAAGUCAAGACAUACUUCGUACACCAUCUACAAGACGAACACGACGAUCUCUUCGUUCCGGAUAUGCUUUCGCGCAUCAAGAAGGUUUUGGCAAGCUCAUUACAUCUGGAAAAAUUAUGCGAAAAUUGCCGAAUGGUGCAGAUUUUAAGUUUGCCAUGCCAUUUACGAACAAUACCAGCAAACAAGUUAGUGUUGCCACCACGUCACCAAAGGACAAUGCAUCUAAAAAUUCGCACACAUUGGAUACUAUUAAU